GGACUCCCCCGCUCAGAGGCUCCUGCGGCGGCGAAGGCGGCGGCGGCGGGCGCGCUCCGGUAGCUGCAACUCGUGCGGCCCCGGCGGCUCCGGCGGCCAGUGCGAGGCGUGAUGGGCUGGGGACGCGCUACGUGAGCAGCCGGCACGCGGAACCACCUAGCGGGCGGCCCUGGGUCGAGGACUCAGCGUGUGGGCGCGGACCCGGGCGAAGCAUGCGGGGCGCUGCGUGGGCGCCCGGGAGGCGCGCCGGGCAGCAGUGGCCUCGGCGCCCCGGGCCUGGCCCCGGCCCGCCCCCGCUGCUGCUGCUGCUGCUGCUGCUGCUGCUGGGCGGCGCGGGCGCGCAGUACUCCAGCGACCUGUGCAGCUGGAAGGGGAGUGGGCUGACCCGGGAAGCACACAGCAAGGAGGUGGAGCAGGUGUACUUGCGCUGCUCGGCAGGCUCUGUGGAGUGGAUGUACCCAACUGGGGCACUCAUUGUCAACCUGAGGCCCAACACCUUCUCACCUGUCCGGAACCUGACUGUGUGCAUCAAGCCCUUCAGGGACUCCUCAGGGGCCAAUAUUUAUUUGGAAAAAACUGGAGAACUGAGACUGUUGGUACAGGACAAAGGUGGUGAACCUGGCCGGGUGCAGUGCUUUGGCCUAGAGCAGGGUGGCCUGUUUGUGGAGGCAACACCCCAACAGGACAUCAGCAGGAGGACCACGGGCUUCCAGUACGAGUUGAUGAGUAAACAGAGGGGACUGGACCUGCACAUUCCUUCUGCCCCUUGUCGGCCGUGCAGUGACACUGAGGUCCUCCUUGCCGUUUGCACCAGCGACUUUGUCGUCCAUGGCUCCAUCCAGGAUGUCACCCAUGUGCCAGAGCGGCAAGAGUCCAUCAUCCACCUGCGGGUGAGCAAGCUCCACCGGCAGAAGAGCAGAGUCUUCCGGCCGGCUCCUGAGGGCAGUGGCCACUGGCUGGGCCGUGUUACAACACUGCUGGAGUGUGGCGUGCGGCCAGGGCAUGGGGACUUCCUCUUCACUGGACAUGUGCACUUUGGGGAGGCACAGCUCGGAUGUGCCCCGCGCUCUAGUGACUUCCAAAGGAUGUACAGGGAUGCAGAAGAGAGGGGCAUAAACCCUUGUGAAAUCCACAUGGACUGAUCGCAGGGUGAUGUGGUGCUUUCCUCUAAAUGAGCUGUUGCUUUGGACCCCAGUUGCUCAAAUCCUGAUGUAGGCUGCAGGCUUGCGGCAUGGGCCCAGCCUGGUGCUCAAGCUGGGAAGGUACAUGCUGCUCUGACCUCAUUAGGUCCCAGACAACGACAUCCUGACCCAUUGGAAACGCUGUAAAAUGCAAACUAAGUUAUUAUAUUUUUUUGUAAAAAAGAAAUAUCCAUAGGAAACAAACUCCUGUGUCUGAAAAUGCCUUGAUGUGCCAUUUAACAACAUUUUAAAAACUGACCUUUAGCUCUCACAUUUGGCCUGAUGUGUUGGGAGCUAGGCUGUGGGGCACAGUGAGGGGAGUGGGCUUCCAUAGGUACUGUUCAGCCUUGUUAUUUUGUGAUGGAAGCAUAUGGAGCCAGAUACUUUUUAUGUUUUCCCUUCAUUUUGUUUUUGAUCCUAAAAAACAGCUCUGCCGCUGGGAACUUUCCCAUGCUGUAGAUUGCUUACAUUCCAGAGAAUAAAGACCAAGAUCUGA